CUCUGGACCUACUGAGACCAUGGCAGAUUUGGAACAAACGAAGCGACUCUUCGACGAUCAGUCGGCCGAGUAUGAGAGGUUGACCGGCGGCUGCACUCGCCGCAUUGCCGCUAUCGGAAUCAAGUCUCUCCCACCGUUGACAUCCUCCACCCAUAUACUCGACCUUGCUUGCGGCCCUGGCAUCGUGACGAAGGUGAUCCUCGACACAGCGGCAGAGCAAGGUGUCGUCCCACCUCCGCGCAUCACAUCCGUCGACAUUGCGGGGCCCAUGAUUGAGCAGCUCGAAAUCAGCAAGCAGGUCCACGGUUGGACGGCGGUCGAGACCAAGAUCUUGAACGCGCAGAAGCUGGAGGGACUCGCGGACGAAAGUUUCGACGCCGUUUUCAUGAACUUUGGUCUCUUUGCCGUACCCGACGCCGGCGAAGGCGCCAAAGAGAUGCUGCGCGUGCUCAAACCCGGCGGUGCCGCCAUCGUCACCACCUGGAAGGAAGCCCCAACCAUCCAGCUGCUGGAGGAGGCAACUGCAUCGAUUCGCCCGGACUGUGUCAGCCGUGUGCAGCCGGUGGCGAAGGAGUGGAUGACGAAGGAGAAGCUGAGGGACACUUUGCUCUCUGGAGGCUUCCUCGACGGCAAAAUCAUCAUAUCAACGCCGGAAACGUCAUGGGAGAACAAGUCGGUGGACGAGUUUGUUGAUGCCAUGUGCAGCCCGUUCUGGGCAAGGGUCCGCGACGGCUGGUCUGAGGACGAAAACGGUCGAUGGCGUGGGGAGCUUGGAAAACGUGUGAUAGUAAAUGAGUCCGGUCGAGCGGUGUUUCCCAUGACAGCAUGGAUGGCUGUCGCUACGAAGUGAUACGGAAAGCUGUGCUAGACCCGGUAGUCGGUCAUCUCUUUUGACAGAAUCGGUAUAGAAGUUGAGGACGAGCGUAAUAUUCUCCUUCUGACAAUUCAACACCUACGUCGGUCAAGGAUCCCGCUGCUGAACCUCCGCCACUGUAACGACAGGGGGGCUGCACUGGACGACUAUUUGCAGCCAUGGUAUAAAAAGGAUGAAUUGCAUGACAAUUAUUAUAAAAUUGAUAGUCCAGUAUGGUUUUCCACGAAGUUCCAAAUUGUACCUAGGGAGAGUGGAAGAAACGGCCUCGUCGAAAUUUCAAGCUCCAUGCUCGCGAU